AUGACAGCACCCCUGAGCAUCGCCAUGGCAGCGAUCACCGCGCGUUCCAUUAACCCAAGCAGUUCUAGUAGCACAGACAGCCCAAGCAGUAUCAGUACCACAGACAGCUGGAGCAGUUCAAGUAGUACAACCAGCCCUGGCAAUGCUGUAAGCACAGGAAGCCCAAGCACUGCACAGAGAGAUCUCUACCCAUAUGGCUUGGCUGUUGGAGACCGACAGGUGACAGCUAAAGGCUUGUUUGAGUGGGACUACUGGAAGGCGAUCAGUGAUGCCGUUAAGAUUCAAGGCGGAUUCCCAUUUGGCAGAGAAAAGUUCACUUAUGUGCAUGUGUUGCCUCAUGGAGUGAUCACAGUUGGCCGGGAAAAGUGGGCAUGGUGGCCUGACCUGGAGUGGGCUCCCACCUGGGGCCUGUAUGUCAUUGCACCUUUUUGGAGCUACAUGGACCCACGACGAGGCAAGGUCUUCUACCAGCUGCACGAGCGCCGUACUGCAACUUUCUCUGGUAGAACUGGGAGCAUUGCUGUUCUCACUAGGGCAUCCAUGGAGGUACAAGAGUUCUUACAAAGUUCAGGCACAUUCGCAAACAGCAAGCCAUUCAAGGCAACCUCAGUACUGGUGGCCACUUGGGAGGAGGUGGAGCCCUACAACUGGAUGAGCUGGUACUGUGAUGACCAAUAUUCCUAUAUGUCCUCAUGGUAUGACUGCUCUGAUCAGGGUAAAGAGACAAACACGUUCCAAACAUUGCUGAUCACGGACGGGCAAAGAUCCUUUGUUCUGACCACCUACAAGCUCGGGUCGAUGACAUGGAGCUUUGAAGAAUACAGAUACAUUGAAGUGGGCUAUGCCUCCCCAACGCCAGAGUUCCGGAAAAACAACCAUUAUUACAACACAGAAAUCACAACCAUGCUGGACUCAGAAACUGGGAAUACAGGUCGCAUGGGAACUGAUCUUGACCUGGUGGGGAUAAUGGAGAACCCAGACGCGAAGUGUGAAGAGUGGUACCUGGAGAACAGCUACUUGGUCAACAACGACACUUUUGAUCAAAUGGUUGAGGGUCUCUUUGACUGUCCUUGCACCAUGGAGCGACUGGGGCGUCAGUGGUGGACGUACAAGUGGGAGGAUGUUAUAGGUGAGACCCGCACCUACCUGGUCUGUGCUGCUUUGAGCCCCGUGGCCAAGCAGAGGCUGGAACGUCUAGAGGGCAACACACUCAACAGGAUGUGCUGUUACAAGAUACAUUACCCUGACUUAGCAGACCACAUAGAGGACGAUGGGGUCAGUGUAAACUACACAAGCUACUUCAAUGCCUGGUGGGACGCCUAUCAGAGCGCCUCUUUUGUGAAGUACAACGACCCUGAUGCGGGUCACGUCCUGUUGCAUGACCCCUGGUCAUGGUUUGAUGAUUCCCGUGAGUUCCGUCAGCAGGAUAUGCUUCCUCACAAGUGGUGCUGCCGAGAUGCCAAAAAGCGCGUCAAGUCAUGUGCUCUUUUCAACAAAGUCCGACCUCAAGAACAAUGCAAUCCUAAUGCCACCUUUGUUUCAGGUCUUGCACUGGGUGACCCACACAUUAAGAUGUCAGACGGCAUUGAAUACACCAUGAACGGCCUUGGAGAAUACAUUCUACUAAAGGUUUCGUCUGAGGACUUCUAUCUGCAAGGGCGGACAGCUCAGGCCCUCAACAAAGACAAGAAAGAGACUCGGGCAACAGUGUUUGUGGCAUUUGCUGUCAAAGAAAUGGAUGCGACCUUCCAGGUGGAACUCAAUGAUACCAUGGAUGGCAUGAUUAUCAGAGCCAAUGGAGAUGAGCUGACUACAGACUUCUACAGUGAUGAGAAAUACAUGAUCACAAGCCAUGAGACAGUGGGUGUGGAGAGAAAGAAGAGGGACUCGGAUGGACGGAUUUCAGUCACUGCCACCUUCCCAUCUACGAUUUCUGUCACGGUUUACGUUGGCAUCCGGAACCUGGAGUUUUCCAUUGACCUGCCCGCUGAGCUCAGAGGCAAAGCGUCUGGCCUGCUGGGCAAUUUUGAUGGCAAGAGUGACAACGACUUCAUUCUGCCAGAUGGUUCGGAGCUCCCAGCAUCCUCUGUGGACACGGAAAGGGAAAUACUAGAAAACUUUGCUGAGCCUUGGAGAGUGACCACGAGCAACUCAGUUUUCUCCUAUGAUGACAACAAGACUACUCUGAAUUACCAGAACUACACAUUCACCCCGAUAUUCUUAGACGACGUGAAUGCCAGUGUUUUGCUAGAUGCUCAGAACCAGUGCAGUGGUGACUAUGCCUGUGUUUUUGACUUGAUCGCCACAGAAGACGAGAGUUUUGCCAAGUACUCACUGGCCAGCAACAAGGAAGCCAAUACUGUUCAGAGCAGUCAAGCCAACUCCCCUCCUUCCAUCACUCUGCUGAUGGCCACCAAUGCUGAGGGUCACGUGGAAGUGACCGAAGGCACCCCAGUGACCCUCACCUUCCAGGCCACUGACCCAGAUGGAGACAAUGUCACCUACACAUUGGUUAGUGGAUCACAAAGCGGCGUCCAGUUUGAUGCCAGUUCUGGCAGUGUGACACUGACACCAGACACUGACACACCUGUGGCCAUUGGCGUUCAGGCCAAGGACAGCAAAGGAGCAAGCUCUGUGGCUGAGUAUGUGGUCCUGGCUGUGUGUCCCUUGUGCAAUGGUCAAGGGUCAUGUGACCGGUCAGACACCAGAGAGGAGGAGCUAGCUGGGGGGAGGUUCUUGCUCAACGACUGCAUCUGCAAGCCAGCCUAUAAAGGUGACGACUGUGAGGAACUUGUAGAUGGCUGUGCAAGUAAACCUUGUACUACUGGACAAGAUUGCACCAACCUGGCCCCUAAUGAAGACGAAGACAAUGAGAGACGGUAUCGGUGUGGGGCUUGUCCAGAGGGAUAUGUUGGUGAUGCUGGCAAUGUUGUGUGUGCUGAUAUCAAUGAGUGUGCCAACACAACGCACCCUGCGUGUCCAGCUCUCUCCCGCUGUGUCAACUCAGUGGGAUCCUUCUCCUGUGUGUGUCUACAAGGCUUCAGACAAGAUGCGGGCAACAUCUUUAAGUGCAAUGACAUCAAUGAGUGUGCAGAGGGCACACACCAGUGUCAGCAACAGUGUGACAACACAGAGGGAACCUACUCCUGCAGUUGUUUACCAGGAAACACACUACAGGGUGAUGGACGAACCUGUGUACAAGAUUCUUCCAUCCAAGACAUAUGCAAUACAAAAGGCUGCAGUGGAAUUUGCUCAGUGGAUGAUAACCAGAACGCUGUGUGUGGCUGCCAGAAAGGUUUCCAACUGUCCGGGACAACAGCCUGUGUGGACAUUGACGAGUGCAGCACGGAGAAUAAAUACUGUAGUCAGGCCUGCCACAACACACAGGGAGGCUUCUCUUGCUCCUGUUACAAGGGCUACCAGCUACAGGAAGACCAGACCUCUUGUAAAAAGUGCAAGUACCCAUACUUUGGCGACAAUUGUGCCGGCGUGUGUGCCUGUAAUGGCCGUGGUUCCUGUGACCAUGUGCGUGGCUGCGUGUGCGACUCGGGCUGGACGGGACCUACUUGUGCUUUGGACGUGAACGAAUGUCAGACUCUGGAGCAGCCGUGCCCUGAUAAUCAAGAGUGUGUCAACUCUUUGGGAAGCUACACAUGUAACUGCCGGCCAGGAUACCACAUGGAAAGUGGGAACUGCGUGGAUGUUAAUGAGUGUGAGGAUGUACUGGAUCACAGCUGCCGCCUUGGGACCGAGAACUGUCUCAACACAGUGGGCAGUUAUGACUGCCCGUGCCGGCCAGGAUAUGCACGCAACCAACAGGGGGAUUGUGAAAAUGUUGAUGAAUGUGCACGAGGCAUCCACAAGUGCCAGCACAUCUGUGUGGACACCCAGGGCUCUUAUAACUGCAGGUGUUACUUGGGAUUCCGCCUGGACAGUGACAGACGUAGCUGUGUACAAUCGGAGGAUGUGUGUGAGGGUGUGACCAACCUGAAUUGUGAGCAGAUCUGCUCUGUUGACCAGGAGAAGAACGAAGCUUUCUGUCAGUGCGAUGCUGGCUAUGAACUGCAGGGCACUGAGGCCUGUGUUGAUGUGAACGAGUGUGAUCCCAAGUUCCCUCACCUCAACUUGUGUGACUACAAGCCUGGCUGUGUCAACACAGAGAGGGGGUUCCUCUGCUCCUGUGGACCAGGGACUAGGCUGGACAAUGAUGGCAGGACCUGCGUCGAGUGCUCCGGGGGCCGCUGGGGAGAAAACUGCACUCAAGAUUGUGACUGCUCUGAGAACGCUGUCCGCUGUGACCCGGAGCGAGGCUGCGUCUGCAAAUCUGGCUUCUCAGGUGUCCACUGUGAGAAGGACAUUGACGAGUGUAUGACUGGUCUGGUCACAUGCUCAGAUAAGGAGCAGUGUGUAGAUACUCCAGGCAGUGCCAGAUGUGACUGUGUUCAGGGACUACACAGGGUUAAUGGCCAGUGUGUGGAUAAAAAUGAGUGUGCAUUCACUCAGGAUAAUGACUGCACCCAGGUGUGUGAGAACCUUGAAGGUGGAUACCAAUGUGCAUGCUAUCAAGGCUACAGCUACAAUGCUGUCAACAAAACAUGCACAGAUGUGGACGAGUGUGCCUUGGGCACAGCUGGCUGUGAGGGUGAUUGUGAGAACACAGAGGGGGGCUAUCGCUGUACCUGUGCUGAAGGUCUCAGGCUCAACACUGACGGGGUCACCUGCAGAGUGGCUGACACCUGUGACCCAAGUACAAAUGUGUGCGGUGAGAAAGACAAGUGUCGCAUGGUGGACGGGCAGGCCCUGUGUUCAUGCUCGAGAGGGAAGAUUCUGGACCCCACUGACAACAGCACAUGUCUGGAUAUUGACCUGUGUGCUAGCGGUGAGCACCCGUGCUCGCACACAUGUGAGGAGACAACAGAUGGGGCCUCCAUCAUUUGCUCAUGCCCAACAGGAAUGACGCUCGCCUCUGAUGGAUUCCUGUGUGUUGAUUGUACUGAGGGCAAAUAUGGGUCAGACUGCAAGCUCACAUGCUCCUGUGACCCACUGCACACCAUCAGCUGUGACAAGGUGCAUGGCACAUGCUCGUGUGCUCCUGGUUGGACCGGAGACACUUGCGACCAGGAUGUGGAUGAGUGUGGGACGGCUGGCACAUGCUUGGAACACGCUGACUGUGUCAACACACCAGGGGCAUACUUGUGCAAGUGUCAGCUGGGAUUCUUCACCAACACAGACCUUGGCUCUAACUGCACUGCCUGCAGUGCAGGCAGCUAUGGAGAGGAAUGCAAACAUCAGUGUGAAUGCAGCACAGAGCACACACAGUCGUGUGACCCUGUGUCUGGCGCCUGUACCUGUGACGCAGGCUGGACGGGCAGUAAGUGCGACACUGACGUGGUGGAGUGUGGCACAAACCUGGACACUUGUGCCUCUUCUGGCAGACUGCACUGGGGCUGUAUCAACGACCCAGGCAGCUUCCACUGUGAUUGUGUGUCUGGGUACACUGAAGACAACGGAGAUUGUGUCGACAUUGACGAGUGUACCCAGAACCCAUCAGUGUGUGCCCAGGAGUGCACCAACAUUCCAAGCAGCUACUCCUGCUCCUGCCAACCGGGCUACAAAGUGCACAAGAAUGACAGCAGCCAGUGCUAUGAGGCCUUGUCCACCAACUUUGAAAUAUCUCUUGACAUUGAUGCAUCUGGCAAGAACUUGAAUGAAAAGCAAGGUCCAGACUACCUGGAACUGAGUCGUGCCAUACUGCCAGCGUUGCUGGAGGCAUUCAGCAAUCGCUCAGAAGCUACAGCAGAAGUUACCAUCAAUAAUUUGAGACAUGGCAGUGUGAUUGUGGAUGCUACAGUGUUUGCGGACAAGGCUCUAGACACUCUGUCUGCCUCCCAGGUGGUGGAAGCUCUGGUGGCCAUGGCCAGGGAUGGCCUCAUGGUCAAUGGCACUAUGGUCAGUGCCACGGUCACCCUGGGCGGUACCACUGUGACGACAAAUUCGGACAAGUGUGAGAUUCUUGCCCUUGUAGAGCCCUGUUCAGCUGGGUCCUCUUGUGCUAUAAACGCUGAUGGCCUGGCUUAUUGUCCAGGCGAGGAGGAGGAUUCGGUGGACAUCGCACUGAUUGUGGGCCUGUGUCUGGGAAUCGCGCUGAUCAUCGCUGUGGCUGUGGCUGUGGGCCUGGUGGUCAAGAUGAAGCUGAAGAACAGAGAGCAGCGCAGAGUGGAAAGCCGAGAGGGUCACUACUUCGACGAUGACCUCCGCCCUCCAUCUGCUAAUAGCUAUGGGGACAUUCCUCCCUCCACUGCCCACCGAAAGCCUUCUGGUGCCAGUCGCAUUGCCUGGGCCAACUCAGACACGAAGCAGCUGGUCCCGUAACCCUGACCCACGUCAAACAUUCCUGGUUAGAAUGUCAACUUCACAUGGCUGAAGGAAGACAAGACUUAAAUAACAGAAAAUGUUGACUUCUUGUAGAAAUGAACUGACAACACAAUUGAUUGAUCUAAUACAUCAUUGAAACAAUGUAGCAUGUUUACUCUCAUAUAAAACUCAGACUCUGUAUACCUGUGCCAUAUAGAAACAGCUCAAAAGGCGUAUUCUAAUUCAAUAAUUCAACACUUAAGAAAUGCAAGGGGCAUUUACAAUUUUUUAAUGUUCAGACAACAGACUAGGCAGUCUGUCUUAAGGGAAUGUGCUGGUAAAAAAAAAAAAUCGAUAAAAAUUAUUGUUGGAGCAAGUUUAGAUUUUCCUGUAUUUGCAUUCCUGAACCAUUGUUCUAUCAUUUGGCAGUUGAAAACAGCCCAAUAAUGCAUUCCACAAUAGCAAUAAUCUAGGUUUUUUAAACAUGUGUAAUUGACAAUUUCAUUUUUGGUUUGAUCUUUCUCAGCCAUUUUCUCAAAACUGAGUUUUUUGACACAUAUAUAUGCUUAUAAAUUACAAUACAGAGAACACAACAGAUAUGAAUUCUAACACAAAAUUCAAACAAAGCUACAAACAGUGCAAACAAGAAUCCAGCAGUUUCCCUAUUUUAUACUCAACCACAACAUCUGUCAUGGUAGCAAAUACUGUGACCUUUGUUAGAUGGACCUUUAACUAACAUGUUAAAAGGAUGUGAAUGGAUUAGGCGAAAGAAAUAAAAAGAUAUAACAGAACCACAAAAAGGGACCAAUAGUCCACUUCAGAAGAGAAAAGUCAGCUGACGUUCCUCGUGCCAGCAAUUGCUAAUAAUGAAGGAAGAAACUAAGAUUUUCUUUUUCUAUAUAAAGAUUUUUUAACAAAAAAAUGAAGUAAGUUGGGGAAAUCUGAGGUUUAUAUUCAAAGGUGGCGAUAUUUAUGCAAAGACCAACGUAUAAAGGGCUUCUGUUUCCACCAAUGGCAGCUUUGUACAGUAUUCAUUUUAUUGUUAAUUUUAACAAGUUUAUGCAAAAAUUGACUAGCCGAGUGUGAUUUGACCUUGUUCUGUGACUCUUUUUUAAAGAAUAACUCUUUGAUUGAUUAAAAGCUUGAAAAUCUUCUGAAGUAUUGAGCAAGCAUGUUAGUUAAGAAUGCUAAACUCUCAGGGGUUAGGUAUGUUCUACUAAUUACAAAAUGACAAAUUAUGAAGUGGGAAAUUUCAUCAGAUGUUGUGGAAUUGAUUUAUAAUAUAUUUUAUUAUUUAAACAUGUAGCUUUUUUAAAACGUGAAUUUGAUUUUCAACAUGUCUUUUUUUCCCCUCACCUUGUCAUGCUUUAACAAAGCUCUCUGCUGACCCUGAGACUCUUCUGUUUCAAAGCACCACUGUUUGUAUGCACUUGGAAAAGCACAUGCAUACACGCACGCACACACACACACAUUCAUAUACCAGAUACUCUCUCUAAUGUUAAUAUAGACCCUGUAUUAUCCAUUUUUGUAUGCGCUCUUUAAAUUUUCAUGUUAACUUUAACCGUAUUAUGUGUGAUAUGUUAUUGUGAUAAACUACUCUUUCUUUUAUCUUGCCCAAAUUUUAAUACUCUAAGAAUCAAAACACAUAUCUUCCCAUGCCAGAACUGGAGGCCUGACACAUCUAUUGUCCAUUCAUGCAAGAUGUUCUUACAGUAUGUUGGACUGCUUAUAUUUUAUUGAAACUUGAUUCACAAGGAACUAGAUUGCACUUUCGCCUGCUAUUUUGGAAAAACAUACCUCAGCACUUAUAGCUUCUGGUCCUCUUAACUUUGAUUAGAACACUGAAAGGUAAGACGUUUGCAUUACAUCUACCCCGUGCAUGUCGCUUAUGUUGAAAUGUUGUGCCUAUUAAGUCCGUCCACUGACAUGUCUUUCAAGGUAAUUUUUGAGAAACAAUAUGUGUAUUUCUAUAAUUAAGCCGGAUCCGUCCAUUAAAAUAUUUGUCAAACUUUUUUUAAGGGGAUCUUAUUUUUGUACCCUAGUUUUGACUAAAGUUUCCUUCCUUCAAGGCUUUUGAGACUAUUUUGUGAUUGUGAUUGUCAACAGUAGAAUAAAGUUUUUCUUCACUUAUAUGUUUUUGAGAGUGUUUUUUAUGAAGAGUUCUCAGUUCUCUCUAAAGUCAAAGUCCAAUGAAAUCUUUAUUAUUUAGAUUAUUGGGAGCAAUUUCCAUAGACAGGAAAAGAGGGGAAGCUGGCAACAAACCUGUUGUGAGAUGUACCGGGAUUUAGAUUCAAAAGAAUUUUAACUUUCAUGAUGAAAACAUUAAUUUACAAAGAGGGAAAAAGUGUUUAGACUAUGUAUAUAUAUAUAGAGCCAAUAUGCAAUUUCAAAUUGUUUUUUUCUUUGGAAAACAUUCAUGUCCAUGUAAAUCACUGAACACCCCCCCCCCCCCCCCCUAGAAUUUUAAGCUUUUUUUGCAGUUUUUGAAAUGAAGAAAGAAUGGUUGAGGAGUAAUCUUUCCUUGUCUGACAUUUAGUCCAUAAUCUGGAUCAGUUUUAAUUAGCGACCAAAUGUAAACCAUAAAUUUUGGUGUUCAAACAUUUGUCAUCUGGUCCUGGACCUGCCACCACAUCCUCAACCUUUUAUUCUCUCCACUUUUUGAAAUGUUACUGGAUUUGCUUUGUGAAGACCUGCCCUCAAGUAGGCCUAUUUUUUCAUGUUCUGAUUUGUAAAAUUCUGCCUUAGACUAAGUUAGACUGUAAACUCUUUUGUGUGUUUUCAAUAAAGCAAAAUUCUCAGCAAAA